CUCUGCGAGGGGUCCCCUGGGGGGUGCUGUCCCCUGGGAGGGGGUGACUCUGUGUGUUGGGGUUCCUAGAGGUUAGUCUCCCCUGGAAGGGGGUGACUCUGGUUCUCAGGGUCCCUGGGGUGUGGGGGAGGAGUAGCCCCUGGAAAGAGAGUGUCUCUGGGUGUUGAGGUCCCAGGGAGAUAGUGCCCCUUGGAAGGGGGUGACUACGUGUUGAGCCCAUUGGGAGUUGGAAAUUGUGGGUCCCUGGUGGGGUAGUAUCCCCUGGAGGGAGCUCCCUCGGUAUUGGGGUCCCAUAGGGGGAGAUUGUGGGUGUUGGGUAUGUCUGGGGUGUAUCUCCUGGAAGGAGUGACUCAGUAGUGAGUACCCUGCUUCCCACUGAUCUCUGGGGAGGCGGGGGGAGGUGUUGUACAUUGACCGCGGGGCCGGAGCCCCGAGCCACUGGGUGAGGAUGGCGUGGGCUCUGAAGCUGCCGCUGGCGGAUGAGGUGAUCGAAUCGGGGCUGGUGCAAGAUUUCGAUGCCAGCCUCUCGGGCAUUGGCCAGGAGCUGGGCGCUGGCGCCUACAGCAUGAGUGAUGUUCUAGCCCUGCCCAUAUUCAAACAGGAAGAAUCAAGUUUGCCUCCUGACAACGAAAACAAGAUCCUGCCUUUUCAGUACGUUCUGUGUGCAGCCACAUCCCCUGCAGUGAAACUCCAUGACGAAACACUCACCUAUCUCAAUCAAGGUCAGUCGUAUGAGAUCCGGAUGCUGGAUAACAGGAAAAUCGGGGAGCUGCCGGAGAUAAAUGGGAAACUGGUAAAGAGUAUAUUUCGAGUGGUGUUUCAUGACCGGCGGCUGCAAUAUACGGAGCAUCAGCAGCUUGAGGGCUGGAGGUGGAACAGGCCUGGGGACAGGAUAUUGGAUAUAGAUAUCCCGAUGUCUGUGGGUAUAAUUGACCCCAGGGCAAAUCCAACACAACUAAAUACAGUGGAGUUUCUCUGGGAUCCUUCAAAGAGGACUUCAGUGUUCAUCCAGGUGCACUGUAUCAGCACGGAGUUCACCAUGAGGAAACAUGGCGGCGAAAAGGGAGUGCCCUUCCGAGUCCAGAUCGACACCUUUAAAGAGAAUGAGAAUGGGGAGUACACUGAGCACUUGCAUUCUGCCAGCUGCCAGAUUAAAGUCUUCAAGCCCAAAGGAGCAGAUCGAAAACAGAAGACGGACAGAGAGAAAAUGGAGAAGCGAACUCCUCAUGAGAAGGAGAAAUACCAGCCUUCCUAUGAGACCACAAUACUCACAGAGUGUUCUCCGUGGCCAGAGAUCACUUAUGUCAACAAUGCACCAUCUCCUGGCUUUAACAGCUCCCACAGCAGCUUUUCCAUUGGUGAGGGAAAUGGCUCUCCAAACCACCAGCCCGAGCCACCUCCUCCGAUCACAGAUGUAAGUCCCACCUCAAAUCUUAUGCUUGUGAACCUCCUGCCAACGACGACGCCUCAGGAAGCCCAGCAAUGGCUGCAUCGAAACCGCUUCUCCACGUUCUCCCGGCUCUUCACGAACUUCUCAGGGGCAGACUUACUGAAGCUAACCAGGGAAGAUGUUAUCCAGAUCUGUGGCCCUGCAGAUGGCAUCAGGCUCUUCAAUGCGUUAAAGGGACGGAUGGUACGGCCAAGGCUGACCAUCUACGUGUGCCAGGAGCCUCAGCCGCUGAGGGACCAGCAGAAGCAUGAGGAUGGGGAGCCGGCAAACAGUACUUUCUUUGUAUAUCACGCUAUCUAUCUGGAAGAGCUGACAGCAGUGGAACUGACAGAAAAAAUUGCCCAGCUCUUCAGUAUCUCCUCUCGACAGAUCAGCCAUAUCUACAAACAAGGCCCUACAGGAAUACACGUACUGAUCAGCGAUGAGAUGAUCCAGAACUUCCAAGACGAAUCGUGUUUUGUUCUGGACACAAUGAAAGCUGAAACCAAUGAUAGCUACCACAUCAUCUUAAAAUAAGAGGGAACUGGACUAGGAGAGAGCCCGUCGCCACCUCUCAUCACACACAAAGACCCAUCGCCUAUUGCACAAGGAUGCAAGCAGAGAUCAGAAAUUCAUGGGAGGCUUCUGUAAAGAUCCCGAGCUUUGUUGUUACUGCGCCGUACCUUCUGGCAGGUGACCCACCCCACUCCCCCGUAAUUCUUCUGCCAUGCAGCCUGCCGAUGAUGAUAGCGCACUGCUUAACCUCUGGAGUUUAAAAUGGAAGUAGUUGCAGAUGGGAGGCUAAACUUGCCAGGUUGUGUUGUCCUUCGCUAUUGAUAGGAACUUGCCCUUGUCUUGGGACCUGCGUAUGGGUUUAAUGAUAAGUGUGUUACAUUUUGAGAGGUGUUGGCUCUUGUGAUUGUGCUGGAGACUUGCAAGUGAACAUCUAUUCUAAUAACUCAACCCAGCAACCUCUCCGGCAUACCCCGCAACCUCUCAAACACCCCGCCCACAAAAUAAACCUUCCAACUGCACUGAUGGAACUGGGGGAGGGGAAGCAUUAUUUUUUGAAGCUUCUCUUUGACCUUGUCGGACAGCUGCAUUGUGAAGGCGUUAUUCUCAUUCUCCCGAUCCUUGUUGGUUUAGUUCCUGCGUGUGCGUGUGAGAAAGAGAUUGCUUGUAGUUCUGUCCUCCAUGUCCGUGUCAAGACCGUCAGGAACGAACUCCAUUCUCAUGGAUUUAUAAGGUCACUGUCUAUAUGGACAAACAUGGCUUUACUCUCAAAGCUCACGUGACUUUGAAAAAAAAAAAAAUGAAAUUUGAUGAUGAAUUAGCUAACUGAUGAUAUGGUCUGUUUCCUGUAUGAUUCCUUUUUUAAAAAGGAACUAAAAUUCUUGAUCUUUGAGGUGGAGGGGAAGUGAUAAACUUCUGCUGUACCUUCAUUGUCAACUUGGGUGACACUUUAUUGGCAUGUUGACUUUUAUGUCUCAUUGGCCUGAAAGUCACUUUUGGAGCUGGAAGAGUAUGGGACCAGCACUGAAAAAGAUUGACAUAGCAAGAACCUGCAGGCUGUGCUCAAAGCUACUGAAAACGCCAUGGCGACGAAAGGGCCUACAUACAGAUUUCCAGGACAGCAGCCGUUGGGUCUCUUGGGUGUUUAAAAAAAAAAAAAAAAAAAAAAAAAUCUGCUUUCUAAAACAGAUGCCUGAGCACACGUCCCCUCUUUGUGAGAGCACCUAUUAUAGCUUGAAAGAAGAUGUUCUAAAUAAAAAGCAUCUUAUAAUAAA